GGGCCCAUCUAGCCGGACACGUAGCGGGGGCUUUCCUUCUCUUGGCGGACACUUUCCAACAAGGCCGACAUGGACGAGCACCCCGGCGGAGGAGCCGCCGCCGGACCUCCGCCGCCCCAGCAACAGCAACAGCAGCAGCAACUCCAUCCGGGGGGGACCGGAGUAGUUCACCCGGCCAUCGGCGGCAGCGGAGGAGGAGGAGGGGGGUCGGUGUUGGGGCCGCAGCAGACUGACGACUUGCCGCGACCCCAGCAGCAGUACACUAUACCGGGCAUCCUGCACUACAUCCAGCACGAGUGGGCCCGCUUCGAGAUGGAGCGGGCCCACUGGGAGGUGGAGCGGGCCGAGCUGCAGGCGCGGAUAGCGUUCCUCCAGGGUGAGCGGAAAGGUCAGGAGAACUUGAAGAAUGACCUGGUCAGAAGAAUCAAAAUGUUGGAGUACGCUCUCAAGCAAGAGAGGGCCAAGUAUCACAAGCUGAAAUACGGAACAGAGUUGAAUCAAGGCGACCUGAAGAUGCCCAGCUUUGAGUCAGACGCCAAAGACUCGGAAGUGUCGGCGCUUCCCGCCAACAGCCAGCUGACGUGGAAACAAGGAAGACAGCUGCUGAGACAGUACCUCCAGGAAGUGGGCUACACGGACACCAUCCUAGACGUCCGCACGCAGCGCGUGCGCUCGCUGCUGGGCUUGUCCACGUCGGAGCAGAACGGCUCGGUGGGGAAGAAGAACCUGCAGCAGCUCAUCAACGGCGACGACGCGCGCAAGGACGUCAAACGGAGUCCGGGCGAUGUUCUGGAGACGUUCAAUUUCCUGGAGAACGCCGAGGACAGCGACGAAGACGACGACGACGACGAUGGGGAGCUGAUGGAUGACAUGGGCGAUGACAUCAAACAUCGCAGAAAACACAAAAGCAAGGUGGGCAACGAGGGCCUGGCCUCCGAGGAGGACGACGACGCCGACACGGAGGAGGCGCUGAAGGAGUUUGACUUCCUAGCGACGGCGGAGGACGGCGAAGGCGCCGGCGAGGCGCGCAGCUCCGGCGACGGGACCGAGUGGGCCGAGCCGCUGCCGUUCGCGCCCGGCGGCGGCGGGAAGAACUUCCUGAUGGGCGGGGCCGACCACAUCCUGGAGAGCGUGCUGGGACUGGGCGAUCUGGCCGACCUCACCGUCACCAACGACGACGUCGACUUUGCCUACGACGUGGCGACCAAUCAGGACUCGUCGUUCCGGAAGACGUGGAACCCCAAGUACACGCUGCGCAGCCACUUUGACGGCGUGCGGGCGCUCGCCUUCCACCCGGUGGAGCCGUGCCUGCUCACCGUGUCCGAGGACCACACGCUCAAGCUGUGGAACCUCACCAAGACCGUCGCCGCCAAAAAGUAGCGCCGGGCGCGCCGUCACGCUCGACUUGACCUUCGGGGAAAUGGCCCCUUUGCGCCGCGUCCCGACCGCAAACGCGCCGGCCCCGUGCUGUCGCUGGCCGUGACGCCCGACGGCGAGCAGUGCUUCAGCGGCAGCGCCGACGCCACCAUCCAGCGCUGGAACGUUCCCGGCUCCGACGUGGACCCUUACGACACGUACGAGGCCCGCACGCUGGCCGGGACGUGGAGGGGCCACUCGGACGCCGUGUGGGCUCUGGCGUACAGCGGCGUCAAGAACCGCCUCCUGUCCUGCUCGGCCGACGGCACCGUCAAACUGUGGAACCCCGACGAGGAGAACCCCUGCGUCAGCACUUUCAACGCCGCCGCAGAGCACGGCACCCCCACCUCGGUGGACUUCAACGGCUGCGACCCCGCCCACAUGGUGGCUUCGUUCGACAGCGGCGACGUGGUGCUGUACGACCUGGAGACGUCCCAGAGCGCGCUGGUGCUGAAGGGCCAAGGCGAAGGAAGCCGUCCCGGCUGCCAUCACAUCUACAAGGUGGUGAGUCACCCGACGCUGCCCGUCACCAUCACGGCGCACGAGGACCGAAACAUCAAGUUCUUCGACAACAAGUCAGGGAAGGUGAUCCACGCCAUGGUGGCCCACCUGGACGCCGUGACCAGCCUGGCGGUGGAUUCCAACGGGAUCUACUUGAUGUCCGGCAGUCACGACUGCUCGCUGCGCUUGUGGAAUCUGGACUCCAAGACGUGCGUGCAGGAGAUCACGGCGCACCGCAAGAAGAGCGACGAGGCCAUCUACGACGUGACCUUUCACCCCUCCAAGGCCUACAUCGCCUCGGCCGGAGCCGACGCCCUCGCCAGGGUUUACGUGUAGGGCGGCCGCCCCCCCGCCCGCCCACUCGCAGGGGACCCUCGCCGGGUCCGCCGGCAGACACGGGAUGCCGAUCGCUUGCCCCGCACGCGCCGCCCGUAGGCCGACACGGGCAGCCGACCGAUGACCUCAUCAGAUCACGUGACACUAAAGCCCCUCCCCCCACGCCACCAACGCCCCCGUCGGAGGUGGACCUCAGGCUCUCUUCACUGACAAGGAUGACGACGGUUCAGGUUUUGUCACCAAAGGGUCCGGAGCGCAUCGACAAUUUUGUCGGGGGCGGGGGGGGGGGGGGUCCAAGGAUUCAGCCCAUCCCAAGGAUUCAGCCCAUCGGAGGUCUCCGUUCAGUCACCGAUGUCGCGAGCGAUCGUCGGCUUUUUAAUGUUUGUGUGAUGACAUAAUGGAAAUGAUCGAUCCCGAUCGGUGAUGGCGGGGGGGUGGGGGGGACUCGGGACGGCGAUCACGCCCCC